AUGUCGGCAUUCAAUGUUGGAGAGCUUUUCAAAGUCCAGGGUCUCGUAGCUCUGAUCACGGGUGGAGGAUCUGGGAUAGGACUUAUGAUGACCAAGGCAUUGGCAUUGAAUGGAGCCCAUAAAGUGUACAUCGUGGGUCGACGAAAGGAAGCCCUUGAAGCAGCAGCAAAGGAGUCUCCUCAUGGUAACAUCAUUCCUAUUGCUGGAGAUGUCUCGUCGAAGCAGGAUCUCCAAGCAGUCGCGGAUCAAGUCAAGUCCGAAGUGGGCUAUUUGAACCUGUUGAUUGCCAAUAGCGGCAUUGGCGGUCCACAAACAAAAUUACUCAAGGACAUCAAGUCCAUUGAUGAGCUUCAAUCUGAAAUCUGGAACCUUGAUUCUCAGAGCUUUACUAACACAUUCAAUGUCAACGUCACCGCUGCCUUUUUCACAAUUGCUGCUUUCCUCAACCUUCUUGAUGCAGGCAACAAGAAAGGAAAUGUAGAGCAGAAAAGUCAGAUAAUCACGACCAGCAGUAUAGGAGGCUUUAACCGACAACCUCCCGGUGGGUUUGCCUAUGGUCUUAGCAAGGCCGCUGCGACGCAUUUGGCCAAACAACUCGCUUCUGUCUUGAUUCCAUACGACAUUCGAUCAAACGUCCUCACUCCUGGCUUAUAUCCAUCUGACUUGGCGGCUGGAUUGAUCGGUGAAGGACCAAUUCCGCGAGAGAAGGUCCCGCUUCAAAGAGUUGGUACGGAUGAGGACAUGGCUGGCGCCAUUUUGUAUCUGACAAGUCGAGCCGGAGCAUAUUGCAACGGCAAUGUUGUCGUCACUGAUGGUGGGCGGUUGGCACAAGUCCCGAGCGUGUAUUAG